CGUUCGAAAGUGCAGGCGGCGCGCACCGCGUCAUGACCCAGUCCGUGGUGGUGCAGGUGGGGCAGUGCGGGAACCAGGUGGGCUGCCGGUUCUGGGAGCUGGCGCUGCGGGAACACGCCGCCGUCAACCAGAAAGGAAUUUAUGAUGAAGCAUUAAGCAGUUUCUUUAGGAAUGUUGAUACAAGAAAUGGUGGUGAUGGUACUGAUAUUUAUAAAGGGAAAAUCUGCUCUUUAAAAGCACGAGCACUGUUGAUUGACAUGGAGGAGGGUGUGGUAAAUGAAAUUCUGCAGGGACCAUUGAGGGAUGUGUUUGAUAGCAAGCAGCUUAUCACAGAUGUUUCUGGUUCAGGAAACAACUGGGCUGUAGGUCAUAAGCUCUACGGCUGUCAGUACCGCGAAAGUAUUGUGGAAAAGCUGAGGAAAACUGCAGAACAUUGUGACUGUCUACAGUGCUUUUUUAUAAUUCAUUCCAUGGGAGGUGGGACAGGAUCUGGUCUUGGAACUUUUGUCCUAAAUUUGCUUGAGGAUGAAUUCCCAGAAGUUUAUAGAUUUGUUACUUCAGUUUAUCCCUCUGGUGAAGAUGAUGUUAUUACUUCUCCAUAUAACAGUGUUCUGGCUAUGAAGGAGCUUAAUGAACACGCUGACUGUGUGCUACCGAUAGAGAACGAAUCUCUGUUUGAUAUAGUUAAUAAAAUUCAUCAGAUGACCAAUUCUGGGAAGCUAGGGUCAACUGUGAAGCAAAACAGCUUGUUAACAUCAAGCGCAGGCGGUGCAAAAAUUACACAAGAGAAGCCAUUUGACACAAUGAACAAUAUUGUAGCCAACUUGCUGCUAAACCUGACAAGCUCUGCUAGGUUUGAAGGAUCCCUUAACAUGGAUCUUAAUGAAAUCAGCAUGAAUUUGGUUCCAUUUCCUCGCCUGCAUUACUUGGUUUCAAGCUUGACUCCUCUGUAUACACUGGCUGAUGUUAAUGUACCUCCUAGAAGAUUGGAUCAGAUGUUUUCAGAUGCUUUUAGUAGAGAUCAUCAACUAAUUCAAGCAGAUCCAAAGCAUAGCCUCUACCUUGCCUGUGCACUUCUUGUUCGAGGAAAUGUGCAGCUUUCAGACCUUCGCAGAAAUAUUGAAAGGUUGAAGCCUUCCUUGCACUUUGUCUCUUGGAAUCAAGAGGGCUGGAAAACUGGAUUGUGUUCAGUACCUCCUGUGGGCCAUUCCCAUUCUCUCCUGGCUUUAGCAAACAACACCUGUGUGAAACCAACUUUCAUUGAACUUAAAAACAGAUUUAUGAAGCUCUACAAGAAAAAGGCUCACCUUCACCAUUAUCUGCAUAUAGAUGGGAUGGAGCAAAGCUGUUUUUCUGAAGCCAUAUCAUCUUUGUCUGACCUCAUAGAAGAGUACAAUGAACUGGAUGCCACAAAAGGUGGGCCUAAAACAGAUCCAGGAAGACUGAAGAUAGCUGUUUAAAGAAGGGAAGAACUGAUUUAAAAAAAAAAAAUCCUCCAACCAGCCAACUACUCAGUUAACGAGAAUGAAGUGCAGUGUGCCUAGCUAAUGUCAUUCCAAAGUUAAACUGGGACAACAGCUUCCUCAGCUCUCCAAGAGGUGUCAUAUUAAGUGACAGGCCUCGCCUGUAAGAAAGAUUUGAAGGCACCUAAUUAUGGCAGAUAUUGGUAAGAGCAAUCGUCUGAACUGUAGAGUAAAUUGGCAUACCAUAUGCUGUAAAGAGAAGACAGAGAGGUGGUAGUAGCCAAAAAUGUAGUUCUUUUCUCAGACUUUCAGCUUGCAGUAAACUAAAGGCAGGCCUUGCUUCAAAGAAGGAUCAUUGUUGCUAGGUUUGUAUUUCAACAAGCAACUGUGAAGAGAAGCCCACAUCAUUUUUUCUAAAAUGAAAGUAAGUCUCUAAUGAGACUGGUUUCCCAAACUUGCAGUGUAGUCAUCAUUGCAGAAUGCUCUGAAUUAUGGUCAUAGUUUUAAAAUUUUUGCUUCCACAUGAUACUUAAGUGUAUUAGAGCAUUCUGAGUUGAUAUCAAAAUUGGCAAUAUCAGAAAAUUCAACAAGGUAAAUUUUGUUACAAGUAGUAUACUUGGAGUAUUAAUUAACAUAUUAUUUUAAUGAUUCAUAUUCAUGAAUGCUUAGUUGCACUUGAUAAUGAGGUAAUACAAUAUGGCUCUGACCAAAAUGUGCACUUACAAUGACGUUAUAAUGACUGAAGAAGAAAGCUUAUAUGCUUGAAAGAAUGCGAGUAAAAUAGACAUUUUAAUAUUUAUAUUAUACCCAGUUGAGUAGAUUUUUAUAUUAUAUAAGAACUUCUAUAAAAUAGAAUGUACAGCUGUUUCCAGUUGCUUGCCAGCCUUGGCUGUCUUGGAGCAGCCAGACAAGUGGCUGUUACAAAUCAAAAUGUAUCAAUAUAAUGAUUCUAAAAGCUUGAAGUCCUAGCAGAGUUGGAGUGUUGGGUGGGUGUAUAAGUAAGCACAAUUUUAGAUGUAUAAGUCCAGAAGUAUUCAAUAAAACAUUGUGAUAACA